AUGUCCGCCUCCGACGACGAGCAGCACAACGCCACCUUCGACACCGCUGAUGCCGGUUCGUCGCUCACCUUCCCUAUGCAGUGCUCUGCUCUGCGUAAGAACGGUCACGUCGUCAUCAAGGGCCGCCCUUGCAAGAUCAUCGACAUGUCUACCUCCAAGACCGGUAAGCAUGGUCACGCCAAGGUGCACCUUGUUGCUACCGACAUCUUCACCUCGAAGAAGUACGAAGACAUUUCGCCUUCCACCCACAACAUGGACGUCCCCCACGUCAAGCGUGACGAGUACCAGCUCGUCAACAUUGACGACGGUUUCCUCAACCUCAUGACCAACGAUGGUGACACCAAGGACGAUGUCCGUGUUCCCGAUGGUGAUCUUGGUGAGCAGAUCCAGGCUGCUUUCGAUGACGGCAAGGACCUCAUGGUCACCGUUGUUUCCGCUAUGGGUGAGGAGCACUGUCUUUCUUUCAAGGAUGCUCCCCAGGGCAAGUAA